GGGGGGAUCCCCAGAACCCACGGGCCCCCCAGCAGCUCUGAGAAGAGGGACCCCCAUAACCCCAAAGCAAGGACACUGGAAACAGGGAAGCCCUGGGAGAGUGUUUUUGGAGUCCUUCUUGAUUUUUGGAGGAUUUUAUGGACACCAGACAGGCGGUGACUUCUAGAGAUGGACUUGGACAGCGGGCCCUUCAAAGCCAAUGCACUCACAGAAUGUCUUUCCCCCAAACCAGGAAUUCCCAUUGCCAAACCUUGGCUGGAUGGAGGAAGAGAAGGCUGUGAGGAAGAGGAGGAUGCCCCAGGACCCCCAGGCACGAGAGGAGGAAGUCAGUGCCCCUUUCCCCCUCUCUCCUGCUCCAUCUCCCAGCCCAGCCUGGCCCCGGCUGCAGGACAACCCCGCUGCCGACGCCGUCCUGCCGGAGAUGCACUGGAGGGAUCUCCUUGGCCUUCCCUCUGGCACAGAGGCAAAUCCCAUCCUGUCCUUGUCCUUCCUCCCCCAGACAAGGAGACCAGGGAGGACAAAUCCCCUCAGCAGAACCUCGUGGAAGAGGCUGUUUUGAGCGGCUCCAUGGCACAGGAAUUCAACGGAGAGGAAAAGCCGCAGAGAUCCCACCCGAGGAGGGGCUCCAAACCCAUGCCAGGGUGCUCUGAGGAGGAAGGACCCACCCUGUGCCAGGAAGGCAGCCAGAGAUGUGGCCAGAGCUCUGAGCUGGUGGUGCAUGAACAGCUUCACAAUGGCAAGAAGCAGCACCAGUGCUCGGAAUGUGGGAGGAGUUUCUGUGCAAAGUCCAGCCUGCUCCGGCACCAGAAGAUCCACACUGGGGAACGGCGCUGUGAGUGUGGGAAAUGUGGGAAGCGCUUCAGGGACACCUCUGACCUGAUGAUCCACCAGAGAGUCCACACUGGGGAACGGCCCUAUGAGUGUGGGGAGUGUGGGAAGAGCUUCACUGUCAGCUCCAGCUUGAUCUCCCACAAGAGGAUCCACACUGGGGAACGGCCCUAUGAGUGUGGGGAAUGUGGGAAGAGCUUCAAUGCCAGGUCCCACUUGAUUGUCCAUCAGAGGAACCACACUGGGGAACGGCCCUAUGAGUGUGGGGCAUGUGGGAAGAACUUCACUCAAAGCUCCAGCCUGAUUGCCCACAAGAGAAGCCACACUGGGGAACGGCCCUAUGAGUGUGGGGAGAGCUUCACUAUGAGCCAUGGCAUUCAUCCAGACCUUUGUCAGCCUCUCUUGCCUGGUAACCGCAGCCCGUUGGAUGGUGGCUGUGCCCUGCUGCUCCCGCAGGGCUCUGGUCCUGCUGGCCAUGUGUCCCCCCCUCAGACACCCCAUUGUCUCUCUGUCCCCUGGCUGCCAGAUGAAGGACACCAAGCUGAAGUUCCUCGAGAGCGUCUGCACCCCGUGCAGAAGUGCCACGGAACGCGGCUCAUUGCUAGGCCUGGAGCUCUUCUGCCGCAGACACAAACUGGCAGAGAAGAUCGAGGUGAGGGGCACCUGGUGCUCUGGGGAAGGGGGCAGGGAACCCUCGGGGAAGAGGGCAGUGCUUGCAGGGCGAGGAGCUGCCAGGUCCCAGCCCAGCUGUGCUCGACAGGAGCUGCUGAACGAGGAGCCCCAGAACCAGAUGCGCACGGAGGUGCGGCUGCUUGCCUUCUCGGCCAUCAUUGCUCUCAGCUCUGUGGUGUUGGUGCUGCAGGACAGCACACAGCUGAUGAGCUCCUGCUUUCGGAGUGUCCUCUGUCUUCCUCCAGAGGAGGAUGUGACGACCCUGGAGGCUUCCCUCUAUAUUCAGAAUUCCUAAGGUGGCAAAGGCAGCAGCGAAAUGACAGCAGGUGUCUUUCCCUGUUUCUCCCGUGUGAGCUGAGGCAAACAGAGCACCUGAAAAGGUAUCGACAGAAGCAUGCACAAAUUUCAAGUAGCUGAAUUCAGGAAUGUGUGUCACAUCUGUCUGCCAAAUUUGUAGGCUCUGUAGACCUUUUGGGUUGACCCCUGUGUUCACAUUAGGAAGGGAGCAACGCUGACAGUCAGGGCAUAUAGAAAUUAUAUUAGAGGCUUGUGCUGGAGUUAAUUCGAAAAGUCUUACCAAAGCUCCAGCAUUUUGGUGAAAAAAGGAGUGACUCAGUUUAGCUUGCUCUAUUUUGUUAGGCAAAACAUGCUGCACUGAUAAGUUUAACAAAUCUGCCUGGGUGUUACCUUCAGUGAGAAAGCUGGGUAGACUGGAAUGUGACCUGAUAUGCAUCACAAAGUAAGGAGCCGUCCUUCAGUCUAACAGGGAGACCAGCAGUUUUAACCAGGAAAAAAGAAUAUAAUUUUUAACAAUUUUCAAAACACAAUUCUCUGCUCUCUGUACAAUCCCUGAAACAUAUGCGGAGUCAGUAAUCAGAUUAAAAGGUGUGCUGAAUUUCUGAAACACUCUGACCACGGCAGCUGUGAAAAACGUGAGAUGAUUGAUUCAUGUUCUUAUGGUAAAUUGGAAAAUUAUAAAGCUGUAUAAAUUUAUAUCAGGUAAAAGUCUAUGUUUUAGGAGGUUUCUGCAGCAGAUGGUGAAACUGACCACCCUGAAAAUCAGGCGUCUCCAUUCAGAAGGGAACAAAAGACUUUGCAGCCUUCUCAAGUAUUGGGAGGGGACCUGUUGAGAUAAGCCAGUAUCAGCAACUCACACCUCGGGAGCCACCUUCACAGACCAUCAAGCAAUAUCACCCAUAUCUCGAACAUUCAUCAACUAUAAGGAUCCAUAGCAACUGAACAUUAACACAUGGACUUGGGAGGGGAGCUCUUUUCAAUCAGACCAGAGAUGAAUUUGGGUUUGAAUAGCUAACCAAGAAACAAAGGGAAAUAUGGGGAAAUAUUGCCAGAGGCAGAAUAAAGAGUAUAAAAACCAAGCCUCAAACAUGGCAAAUCUGUGUACCCAGCUAGAGACACAGACGGCCAGGGUCUAUGUCUAUGGGUCACCCUUGGCUCUUUUUCCUGGGAGAAACUCUGUCAAGUAGGUAUCGCUGUUUGUGUGGGUUUUUUUACUGCUUAAAAUCCUGUGAUUUAAUUCCAAAUUUUGUAAUUUGAAAUUUUAAUAAACCAAAUUAUUGAAUUUGGAAAUAAAUUGUCCUGGCAUUUAUAACAGCAGCUAACUCCACUAUUUGUGGAGACCUUUCAACAACAGCAAUAUCAGAUUGCCAGGUUCUAGUUUCAGGGUCCCUCCAUACAAUCACCGAUUUAUGGGUUUUCCCAGACCCGUCUGUGAAUAUUGUCAUAGCUUGCAAAGGAGUCUCACUUCUCUCUGGCUUGGGGAUUAAAUUAAAAGACAAGCUUAAUAAUUUGUGUUUAGGAGGAUAGAUAGAUAUCUGCCCUGGGUAAUUUGUUAAAGCAGUUUGCAAUUUUUCAGACAUCUGUAGCAACCAAUUCAAAUAAAACAUUGUGAGAGGUAGAUAGAUACGAUCAAAAUCUUUCCCAGCCAAAGAGGUCAGUCUUUGACGAGCCUUGACAAUCAGCAUGGCCAUAAGUUCAUCUUGCAUGGAAAUAGUCUGGGGCAUAUUGUUAGGCAAAAAAGACCCAUUUGAUAAUUAGCAGAGGGUCUGGUUUUUUUUAGUCCCACUGAAAUAUUAAGGCAUAAGGCUGUUUGUUGGGAUUCAGAAUGAUUAGCCACAAGGGCAGUUCAGGAGCCCACCUGGCUAAUUGCCUCUGAGAGAUAGCAUCAGCUGCCUUUUGAAGCGCAAUUUGUGCUUCUCUGUUUAAGCUGUCUGGGUGAUAAGAGGUUGGGCUCUCCUCCCAGGAGGGCAAACAAUGACUCUAAAUCUGCAUUUGAAAUCCCAAGCAAGGGACGGACCCAAUUUAUUGUUCCCAGCAAUUUUUGUGCAUCAUGUAAAGUUUUUAUUUCAGUUGAAAUUUGCAAGGGUUGUGUAGAAAUAGAAUGCAUGCUUAUUCACCAGCCCAAAUAUUUCCAGGGAAAUGUCUUUUGAACUAAAAAUCAAACUGGUGAUCACAAUCUUUGUCAAAAGCAUGUAAGUUUAACAGGCUAUAUCUGAGCACUAGAAACAAUUCUCAGUAAAUAUCAUGAUAGUCAGGAAAUCAUCAUAUAUCCUUAUUCUCAGUGGCAGUAAGCCACUGUGCUCUAAUUGUUCAGGGGAAUUAAACUUAUAUACACACAUUAAUCCUUGAAUUUGUGCAUUAUUUCUGAUGCAUCUUGAUGGAUCACAUUGACAGCAAAUACCUCGUCUUUUAUGAGAUGCACAGUACUGCAAUAUCUCAUAUUCAACACAUUUGCAUUCAACCUAGGUCUGAUGACAAACUAAACAAGAGAAGGAGAGAAGCAGUUCUGCGUUAAGUUCUCACUCAAAGGCUGUAACUAUUUGUUUAGAGUUCUUCAAGAACAAUUUAAAGACUGAAAACAUAAAAGAGCUGUGAAAAAUAGGGUUAUUUAAUUCAUGUUUUAUGGAUAAUUAUAAACUGGAAACUGUAAUAUAUUGUAUAAAUGUAUGAUAGAUGUGUACGUGCUCCACCUGUGUGCCUCACAGAUUCCUGUUGAGCACCUCUCCUGAUUUUCCCGGUCCAGAAAUAGAAGGUGAAAAAUACAAGGCAAAAACGCUGUCAGAAGAGAUUCCUGAGAAGACAAUUAACAUUGCCAACCUACACCCUGACUACAUGCAGCAAGCCAUCCAUACUGCUACGGCCGUUAAUCACCUCAAAGCAAGGACUGACUCUGGACAUUAGCACUUGAAUAUGGAGCGAGGGACUCUUUCAGGGCCUAAUGAAAACACUCUUAAUUGCCGGUGCUUAACAGAAACUAUGGGGAGAAUAUUGCCGAAGGGGAAAUAAAGCGUAUUUAAACUGAGUCCCUAAGCGGGCAAAUUCAUGUACCCAGCUAGAGACAGCAGACCGCCAGGCUCUGUGUGUCUCAGGGUCACCCUUGGCUAUUUUUCCCGGGAAAAACUCUGUCAAGUAGGUAUCGCUGUUUUGUGGGGGUUUUUGCUGCCUAAAAUUCUGUGAUUUGAUUCCUAUCCAAAUUUUGUGAUUUGAAAUUUUAAUAAACCAAAUUACUGAAUUUGGAAAUAAAUUGUCCUGGCAUUUAUAACAUUAAUCAUAGAAUGUAAAUGUAGAACCUAGGAUUCUCAGUAUAUGGGGUUG